AUGUUCCCUUCACCCUCGCCACUCGGACCCAAAACGCCGGAUGACGCACAAUCGAAUCUCACAUGUCCACCUCCGGCGAUACCUCCUCGGAUACGACGCCUAUCCGCACUGGCCUCACCCUCGCCCAGUUUCCCUGAAACUGCUGCAUCCAGUCAAGAGCCUCGACCAAUAUCUGACCCGAUCGACACAAACACCCUUCAAGGUAUGCUCGGUUGUACUUAA